AUGGAUAUUCGAAAGCCUAACGUGGCAUUGAAUCUGAAACCAACUGGCUCGCUUAAUAUGAUGGCAGAAGUAGCUAAUGUGACGGCCGCAGCCAUGCUUAAGGAGGACUCAACAGAAGAAACAGACAAUUUUGAGGACAUUGAUACAGACGUAAUCGGACAUGGUCCUCGAAUGCUCGACCAGUCUUCAUUUGGCGUGAGGUUGAGAGCGAAGCAUUGCCCCUCACCGUCACCCAUGAUUGAUAUUGGCAGAAGUGGAGCUGGUUUGUUAAUUAACCCAUCAUCGUCAUAUGAGACGUCUAAUUUUGCCAUUGUGGACUUUAAUCGUCCAGAUCUUGGCCAGCUAUCGUCAGAAAAUAUUCAGGCUACGGUCAAAAUGGAACCAACGGCAAUAGAGACAGAUCAAUGGGCUGACUAUCACUCAUCUCCUGAGGUUUCAGAUACUGGUCAAUCUGGGAGGUCUACGCACGAGGAGCAGAGUUCACAAGGUACAUACUCGAAUUUAUCUCCUCUAGGCUAUAUACUUUAUUUAAUCUAG